CCUCCGUCUUCCCCAGCACGUCGUCGCAAACGGGGUCGAAAAGCGUGGCAGCGCAGGCGCAAGCGCACACAGCGGAGGCGGCGGUGGUGGCGGCCGCUGGCCAGUGUAAGAUGGCGGCGGCGUUGGUGGCGGCAGUGGACAGAGCGGCUGGGCCUGGAACAGUCGGAGCAGCUGCUAGCAGAAGGAUGACCCGAGACGGGAAGCGGGCUGCUGAGCCUCGCCGGCUCCCGUGCUUGUAACUGCCCUAGCCGGACAUCCCCUCCCCCUGACCCACCCGUCCUUCAGUGAAUCUACAGACCUAUUUUUUCAGGCGCUCAGCCGGGCACUACUUCAGUGAUAAAAGGAAGAAAGGAGAUCUGGAGAUCUAUGUUGGGCGAGAGUAGAAAAGGAAAUAUAUUGAAAGAGGCAUAACUUUGUUCCUUAUUGCUCCAUGUGCUGGGGUGUUACAUAAGAAUUGUUGCAUCUUAUAGGAAGUAUUAUGGCUGAAGCGGGAGGUGAUUGCUUUGAAGUUCUCAUCUUGGCUAUCUGAGUCUUCGAGAGGGAGAAGAUCCUAGUUCAUAGAACAUGAAUGUGCUCAAAAGAAGAUGUUAACAGAGCUUUCUGAAUUCUUUAAAAGGCCAGUGAGAGCAGGCUGGCUACAAUAAACAUCAUUCAAGAUGUCCAACAAAGGGAGCAGCACAGAUGGCAAAACAGACUUAGCUAAUGGAAGCCUGUCUAGCAGUCCAGAGGAGAUGUCUGGAACUGAGGAGGGGAGGGAGACGUCCUCAGGCAUUGAAGUGGAGGCCUCAGACCUGAGCUUGAGCUUGACGGGGGAUGAUGGUGGCCCUAACCGCACCAGCACGGAAAGUCGAGGCACAGAUACAGAGAGCUCAGGUGAAGACAAGGACUCUGACAGUAUGGAGGACACUGGCCAUUACUCUAUCAAUGACGAAAACCAAGUCCAUGAUCGUUCAGAGGAAGAGGAGGAAGAAGAGGAGGAGGAAGAAGAGCAUCCUCGGCGUUGUGUACAGCGCAAGCGGGCCAAUCGUGACCAGGACUCAUCAGAUGAUGAGCGGGCCCUGGAGGACUGGGUGUCCUCGGAGACAUCAGCCCUUCCCCGACCUCGCUGGAAAGCCCUUCCUGCCCUUCGGGAGCGGGAGCUGGGUUCAAGUGCCCGCUUUGUAUACGAGGCUUGUGGGGCAAGAGUCUUUGUGCAGCGUUUCCGCCUGCAGCAUGGGCUUGAGGGCCAUUCUGGUUGUGUCAAUACCCUGCACUUUAACCAGCGUGGAACUUGGCUGGCCAGUGGCAGCGAUGACCUGAAAGUGGUGGUUUGGGACUGGGUGCGGCGGCAGCCAGUUCUGGACUUUGAGAGUGGCCACAAAAGCAAUGUCUUCCAGGCCAAGUUCCUUCCUAACAGUGGUGAUUCCACCCUGGCCAUGUGUGCCCGUGAUGGGCAGGUGCGGGUAGCAGAGUUGUCUGCCACACAGUGCUGCAAGAAUACGAAGCGUGUGGCCCAGCAUAAGGGAGCGUCCCACAAAUUGGCCCUCGAGCCAGACUCUCCCUGUACAUUCCUAUCUGCAGGUGAAGAUGCAGUUGUCUUCACCAUUGACCUCAGACAAGACCGGCCAGCUUCGAAACUGGUAGUGACAAAAGAGAAGGAGAAGAAAGUGGGGCUGUAUACAAUCUAUGUAAAUCCUGCCAAUACCCACCAGUUUGCAGUAGGUGGACGAGAUCAAUUUGUAAGAAUUUAUGACCAGAGGAAAAUUGAUGAGAAUGAGAACAAUGGAGUACUCAAGAAAUUCUGUCCUCAUCACCUGGUGAACAGUGAGUCCAAAGCAAACAUCACCUGUCUUGUGUACAGCCACGACGGCACAGAGCUCCUGGCCAGUUACAAUGAUGAAGACAUUUAUCUCUUCAACUCCUCUCACAGUGAUGGGGCCCAGUAUGUUAAGAGAUAUAAGGGCCACAGAAAUAGCGCCACAGUAAAAGGUGUCAAUUUCUAUGGCCCCAAGAGUGAGUUUGUGGUGAGCGGUAGUGACUGCGGGCACAUCUUCCUCUGGGAGAAAUCAUCCUGCCAGAUCAUUCAGUUCAUGGAGGGGGACAAGGGAGGCGUGGUGAACUGUCUUGAGCCCCACCCUCACCUGCCCGUGCUGGCAACCAGUGGCUUAGACCAUGAUGUCAAGAUCUGGGCACCCACAGCUGAAACUUCCACUGAGCUUACAGGAUUAAAGGACGUGAUAAAGAAGAACAAGCGAGAGCGGGAUGAAGAUAGCUUGCACCACACUGACCUGUUCGAUAGCCACAUGCUCUGGUUCCUUAUGCAUCACCUGAGACAGAGACGCCAUCACCGGCGUUGGCGAGAACCUGGGGUUGGGGCCACAGACGCAGAUUCGGAUGAGUCUCCCAGCUCCUCAGACACAUCGGACGAGGAGGAGGGCCCCGACCGGGUGCAGUGCAUGCCGUCCUGAGGCCUCAUACCGAGGAGGGGCGGGCUGGGGCUGCCAACCCGAUCCUGCCUGGGGAGCCGUUUCCUGGCCCAGGCCCUUUACAUUCAGCAGAAACGCACUUUGGACUUUUUGCUUUAGUUAAAAGAAAGACAUCCCAGGAAAAGGACAAACCGGAGAGGAGUCAACCUGCAGAGAGUACCUAGGGGUGGGGUUGAGCCCUGGACUGGAGUUCUAUGAAAAGGUGCAGAGGACUCGGCAGAAUGGCCUCUCCCCAAAGCUUUUAUUUUGUGGGGGGAAAGGGGCGCCUAUCUUGUUAACUGGUUUGGGAUAGGGAAUGAAGUUUCUUUAAUCUCCCUUGUUUCUUGGGUGGGGGUUGGGGAUAUAACUGGCUAUUCAGUACCAAGGGUCCAGAGUGGGGGUGGUGGAAGUGCCACUCUUUCUUUGGUUUAGGUUUUUGACCUUUUUUUUUUCCUUUACGUUUUGAAAAUCUAUGACAGUUUUAUUAUUCCCCCCACCCACCCCGAGCAACCCCAUCCCAGUCAGUAUCCUGUUUUUCUGGGAAGUCCUUAGAGCCCCUAACCAUUCCACACUCUUUACUUUCUUUCCACCCCAUUCAUUCUCUGUACUUACCACAGUGUUUUGCACUUGAUUAUGUAUCCUUCACUCUCUCCUCUUUAUCCCAGUACCCCCUAAAUAGGUCUGGUGAGGGAGGUUGGGGGGAAGUGGGAGGAGGGGCAGAAGUGGAGGAAGAAUAGGAAGGAUGUUACCUCUUCUGUUACUUUAAAAAAAAGUUUGGUGGCAGCAAUCUCCCUGCCCCUAUCACUGUUAGAGGCCUAAUUUUAUAUCUAUAAAUAUAUUAAAAAGCAAGUCAAACUUGGAUGUAUCAUGUUAAAGUUAUUGUUAAAAUUUAAAAACCUAUACUCUAUGACUGCAAUAAAGGGACUUACAGGAGAGAGUGAGCGAGAGUAAUGAUGUGGAGCUGAUACCUGGGGUCGGCCUGCCCUCUGUGUGGCCAUUGGAGAUUGGGGCUUACCGUUUAGGUUGUAGGAGGCUUGAGAAUGGAAUAAUCCUCAGUUUUGCCCUUCCCUGCUUUCCUGCCAUGGUCUCAGGGUUGGGGAAACAAUUGCUUUCAGCUUUUUGCCUCAGAUCUACCUCUCCUUCAGUCUUAUGGGGGUUCCCAGGAUGGCUCUUCUAACCAGAGACUGGCCCAUCUUUAAAACUUGACCGAGCUUUGAUUUCAGAAAGGGUCCUGCCACUGCAGACCGUCUCUCCUAGUAUCAUGUGACAGAAGACACUCACUUAACCUUUAGCUGCUUGAUUCUUCACACCGUCCAACCCCAUACCAGCUCCCUUCCUAAUAAAUAGAAGAGUAUCUAUAGGAAAAGACGUCCUGGGUUUGGCUUUAUACCUUGUCCACCUCUUGAUAUCUUGGGAUUGAGGAACACGUCAUUAAUCAUAGGAUUGAUUUAAGGUGGCUGGGCCUUGGACACCUGUCUGACUUAAUCACUGGCCACUGAAUAUGAAAGUCCCAGUUGAAUUCUUGCCCUUAAAUUUAAGCUUUUGCUGCUAUUUCUCUGCACCCCCAACCACAGAUUCUGCAUCCUGGGACAGAUUCUGCUAAAACAGGCCAGGAAGGAAGGGAAGAGUGAAAGCAUGGGAUUCCCAGGCACGCCUUCCUCCGGCUCCUUUCCCUAGCAGCUCUCAUCCCAGAUGUUAGCUGCUGCCCUUCCUUCCUGAGGUAGAGAAUGUGUGGUGACUGAGUAGUCUGUCUCCUGUUGCUAAUGGGGUGAUGGAGUGGGCUAAAAACCGUGCAUUCUGGAAUUUGUUGUAUAUUUUCUCUUAGUAAAGCUUUUUUUUCCUUGACUGCU